AUGUCGUUAACUCAUCCCACCACAUCAUCGUAUAAGUUCCGUUUUGAACCGUUUCUAUUAAGUGAAUAUGCUUUAGGAAGAGAUGUGGACCGAGACAUAUGUCCUGAUUUUGAUGCUCGAGAUGAUGGUCAUCCCAAUGGCGGAUGCCCUCGUGGAUCACAAUGUCCAUUUAAACAUAUCCCAUCAUUAUUCCAUAACAAAAUUGUUUGUAAACAUUGGCUCCGUGGCCUUUGCAAAAAAGGUUCCAGAUGUGAAUUCUUACAUGAGUAUAAUUUACGUCGUAUGCCUGAAUGUGUAUUUUUCGCUCGUAAUGGAUUUUGUACUCAAGCACCUGAAUGCCCCUACCGUCAUGUGAAACCAGAAGAUCAUGUAGAACUAUGCACUGAUUACCAACGUGGGUUCUGUCCUCGUGGACCUUCCUGUGCACGUCGUCAUGUCAACGAAACUACUACCACCCUCUGCCAAUGCUAUUUAACUGGGUUUUGUCCAUUGGGUUCUUCACAAUGUCCCUAUGCUCAUCCAGAAACUUUACCGCCAUUACCUUGGCCCCGUGACUUUUAUUUACGCAUCCGACCAGAUAGUCAAAUCCACACAAGAAAGUCUGAUAUGGAAAAGGAAAAGAGACUGAAUGCAAUUUUGAACGGUGAUGUAUAA